AUGGAAAAUAGUUCCAAAGAUAUUCGGGAAAAGAAGAAACGUCAGCUGGAGUCAGAUUUCACCGAAACUGGUGUCGUUUUGAACACCUGUCUAAAAGAAAAGUUUUCGGAUGUCACAAAGAUCCUGACUGUGUACAAUAAUGUUUCGGAACGGGUUUCAGCGAAUAUGAAUGCGGUGGGAAAAAUCAAACGUGAUCUUUUCGAAUGCAAAGGUUUGUUAAAUUGCAAUCGUGAGGAACUCAGACGACUGUGGCUCGAGUUAAUUGAGCAACGCCGAUGCUUGGAGUUGAUUGACGUGUUAGAUAGACUUCGCAAUACCCCGGACGCUUUAACAACCUUGGUCUCGGCUCGAGCGUGGCCCGAAGCGACAAACCUACUCCUGUAUGCCACUGAGUUGCUCAAGUCUGAAGUGGCCAUUGUUCCAGCACUGCAAGUUGUUAAAACAGACCUCGCUCAUAAACACAAGUUUAUAGCGGAGCAGAUGAAGAACGGAUUACGUUCGCUGCUAUAUGAUAAACCAACCAGUGUGGUUCUGGAGAAGUACCUGAAAGAACAGCAUCAUCGAUCUGCCAACCAAGUGCAGAGCACAGAAUCCUCUCCGGAUAAAUCGUUCACCCCGAACCCCAGUCGCGCACCAGUCACUUCACAUUACUCCUCUCUUCCAUUAUCCGCUUGGCACACGGCACUCGUGACUGAGUCCCCCUCCGAUUCUAAUAUGUGGAAAGAUCCUCAACGUGUCGCAGCCAUGAUUGCUCUGAACGCAUCCUCAUCGGAACCGAGCCAGAAAACUGUGGUUCGAAGUGAUGAUAAAUGGAUGAAAGAGUUGGUUGAUUUGACACAUUGUCUGGCUCGGUUAGAGAAGUUACCGCAGAUUCUAUCCGAUUGGCGGCCACAAUCCCAUUUAGCACAAAUGCAACACUCUCUGAUGGGCGGGUUACAGAACAUAUUCUGCGCUCCACUCGUGGUCGGUCAGGGCUUGCUGGGAGAAAUUCAUCGAUUUAUUGUGUUGAAAGCUAUCUCGGCAAUCGAAUCCAAGGCAAUUGCUCAGGGUGACAGUGGGGCUUUGAACACUGUUAAGAAGCCACAGUAUUUGGUCGAAUUGCUCAAAUUGGUAUUCGAUGCUGUUUUCAUCCAGGCCCGUGCCUGUCUUCUCAUCAUACGAACAAUGAAAGCUGCUAAACCGAUUCUUGAUGACCAGCUUGCUGGGAAUUGCCCGCCAGCGGUUGCCAACUCUGAUGUUUGCAAUGAUAUUGAUGAUGACGAUGAUUCUCGCCUUAACAGUACGUGCAAAGAACUGGACGGUUUGACCAGUGAUUAUGUUUGGUCCUGUGUUCAACAAGAAAUACAACUUUUAUUGUCUAUUCAUUUGAACAAACAUGUGACAGUUGAAGCUGGUGUCGGCGUGAUCAACCAGACACAAGAUCAGCAGGGUUCUGACUUGUCCAACACCAUGAACGCGUUAGAUGUGAGCCAUUUGGAUUUGAAUGCACUGAUGGGUCGAAAACGUACAACCGCAUUCAGUUUUCCCACAACCGGUCCUUUGUCUGUUAGCUUUCAAAAACUCACCGGAGAUUCGAGCAGCUCAAGCGGCACAAAUGCAUCCAAUCCACAGAAUGGUACUGGAUCGGGUCAGCCGAAUUCGGUCGGUCAAAAUUUGUUUAGUUUUUCGAAUACAUCGCAUUUUCUCAGUGUCACCUCGUACCUACGUGAGAAUCGAAUGCUGCUUGAAUCGCGUCCUGAUGUACCCCGAGCAGAAAAUACCGAGGUCAAUCGAAAUCGUUAUCCGGUGGUUUGUUACCCGGACCAGGAGAACAUUAUCAGUGUGUACCGAUCAGUCAUGGAGUUCGUUAAUGCCGUCGAACAUGAGGUGGCCCUAAUUGACAGUUCUUUGCAAGCCAAAGCCUCACCGAUGGGCAUUAUUCGCCGACCAUGCCAAUUACGUAUCUAUUUGAAAAACUUCAUAGAGAACACAUAUCUUCCGGAUACCCUGAUUGCACUUCGCGGCAGACUUCAACAGAAACUCAGUGCUCCGGAUGCUCUGAAUUCGAUUGUUUCCCAACAAACGGAAAAAGAGCUUGGCCUACAUCGCCCGAUCUUAUCGGCUGUGUUGGCAGCUGAUCAAUGCCUGAUGGAGGUCAAGCGAAUGUCUAUUGCCUUGCCGGAAUAUGGCACAGAAUGCCUUCAAGUUGGAAUUACGCUUAUUCAAGAUUUUAUAGCGGCCAUGUGGCGUGUCUACCGCAAUUUGAGUGAAGUGGAUUCUGGUGGAACCAUGGUUCCUAGUGCUGAUUGGGCCAAAGAUGAUGAUGUUAUUCGCUUCUGGAAGGAAUUUCCCGUCUGGAGACGCAUGGAAGCCCAGGAAGCUCGGUUGUGGGCCAGUAACGCGCUUUUACGUACGACAACCACAAAGACCUCGGAUCAGCCGGGUGAAGGUGCGUCACACGAGACCAACACCAUCGAUGACAGCCGCAUCGCCCCGGCUACUGUUGCCGCACUGGGUUUGAAUACAGACAGUGAUAUCAGUGCGACAAGCGAUCUGAAUGCCCGCUUGGUAAUUCCGUUCGCGAACGGGAGACGUGGAUCGCUGGAUGCGACAAACCAGUCUGAUGGUAUCGAUCACACACAUCUAUCCGGGCUGUUGUAUGAACGAGAGGCGACACGCUUGGCUGCAAAAGAGGCGGUCCAAUUGAUUCAUAUGAUCGGUGAUGAAGUCCCGGUAAACAACAACAACAACAACAACAAUAACGGGAAUCAAAUUGUUCAACAUUUGCCAACCGUCCGCAAUGUGCAGAUGCUCAAAGUCCUCGGUCGAAUGACCGAAUCUUUGUGCUGGCUAUUUCGUCGCGUGCUCAGUUUGGACACGUGGCUGACCCAAGUUCGGCGGCGAUCACAACUUCAUGUUCGAACAAGUUCCACCACUACCACUUCCGCGGCCACAUCUGCACCACCGCGUCCACGUCCUCCGCUAGUAGCCAGUCCAUUUGCCACGUGUGCUCAAGAAUUGAAUCGUCUGUCCGAGGCCUGUCUCCUGAUGACCUAUUUGGAAGUGCGUAUUCAAGCGUACAAUCAUUUUGGCGGAUUGCCAUCGAAUGUGACCUACUGGUGCCCGGUAGACGAUGUGGAUGUGGACAAAUAUGUGAUUGACUAUCUGAUCUAUUUGGAACAUGUCCAAGAUAUGCUGAAUGUGGUCAAUCGGUUAAUGGAACAAGGAGUUGCGUUCGAUCAAUCCGUCUACCGCGAUCUGCUCUAUCUGUAUCAACGUAGUCAUCCCACGCAUGCCUAUGCAAAAACAGAAGAAAGCGUAGUCAAAUUGGCCAGUGUGGUGAACAAGACAUUGGCCUGA